AUGGGGUGGGACAGCGCGCGGUUACACUGCGAGCGCCUCGGCUACAGCCUCGCUAUCGUUCGCAGCGCCGCAGACCAGGAGUCGCUCGAGGCCGUCUUCGCGUCGCAUAACAGAAGCUGGCGCGUCCACUUCUGGCUCGGACUGCACCGGUCGGAGAAAUCCAAUGAGUUCGAGUGGGUCGAUGGCACACCGUUGAACUUCACCAACUGGCUGCCCGGCAGUCCUUCCGAAGAACAGACGCAUGUGUGCACAGAGGUGUACGAGAAUGGCGAGUGGCAGUGGAAAAGCUCGCGCUGCUCGGGGCCCCGCUCCUUUGCGUGCUCGACAUUGCCGCCAGUGAUGCCGCCGGUCCGUUCUCCGCCGCCGCCCUCCGCCGACGACGGAAGCUCGAGUACGUUCGCGGUCGCAGUGGGCAUCGGGUGCGGGGCGGCCGCUGUGGUCUUGGCCGUCGUCGUCGGCCGCGCGCUCGCCCGAACGUGGAUAAGGCUUGGGAUAAGGGGCACGCGUAGUCGGCCCGUCGUGAUGGCGCACAGCGGAGGCGCGCAAAUGGCCGUGGUCCAGACCAAACCGCGUCCAGUUUCGACUACGAGCAUCGAGACGAUGGCGGCGUAG